AUGCCGUCAGGCUGCCAAAUUUUCCCGCGGAACCGCCUCCGCCGAUCACCAGAGCGCCGCCGCCCGCAGCACCCCCCGCUCAAGCGCUGCCACUUCGCCUACCGAGCGGCGCUGCCUCGCCUCUUCCGGCGCCUCCGCCUCGAUGCCGAUGCCUCCCCGACGCCUCCCCGACACCCACCGGACCACCCAUCGCCGCUGCUCCUCCCCGAUGCUGCUGCCCUCCCGGAAUGCCGCCAACGCUCACGCCCACCUCUCCUCCCCCGGCCACCGCUCCUCCACCGUGCAUCCCUCCUCCCCGCGCGCGACGUCAUGCCGUGCCGCUGCUCCUCCUCGAGCCACGCCUCCUCCUCGACCGCUGGCGUGCCAAACGUCCCUGAGGCCUCCGCGCCGUCGCCAGCCCUCCCCGAGGCCUCCGCGUCGCCGCUGCCGCUAGCUCUCCUCGAGCCCGCACCACCGCCGGCAGACACUAAGCCUCGGUGA